AUGAAUUUUUUAAAGUCUUUAAGUUCUGUUAAGAAAUAGAAAGAUACUGGCUACAGAUGCAAUUACUGCUAAUUUGAAUGUGACAGCUAACUUUAAAUGAUACAUCAUAAUUCAUCUUGUUUUUUUAGUUAAUAUGAAGAAAUGAAAAAAAAUACAGGUUCAAAAAGAAUCUAAUUAAAAGUGCAAGAUAAAAAAUAAAAAAGAGCAAUAAGAAAUCUGCUUGAUUCAAAAAGAUUAUAAAGAAAUUUUGAUAAAAAAUCUAAAGAUUGUAAAGAGAAUCUUACAAACAUAACUGAAGUAGAGCAAUAAAAAAUUGAUAGUUUAUAGAAUCAGAGUAAAAAUGUAUAAUUAUAAUUAUCUGAAGGCAGGGAAGAUUCAAAUUAAAAAAAAGAAAAAAUAGAUUAGGAAUAAAACACUUAAUAGGAUGAAAACGAUUAGUUUAUGAUUAAAGGAGAGGAUAAUGAUUUUCUUUUAAGUAUGAUAGCUCUUAAACUCAGAUCCGACUUAAGAUUAAGUCAAGAAUGGCCUAAGCAUCAAUAUUUUCCUAAAUAAGCUAAAAUUCGUCUAAAAUCAACGACAAUCCAAUGGUAGGAAGAUUACCUUAUUGAAAAUUAAGAUUUAUCAAUUCCUGAGCCAAAUGUCUUAAAUAUAAAUGAUAAGGAAAUGGAGGAUUUAUUUUGUUAAAGUUAUUUUGAACAGAAUUUGGGAUAAAUAUUUCAUAAAAUAAAAAAGGAUGAUCUCAAGAAUCAAAAUCAAUUAGAAGAUGUUAAUAUUUAUCAAGAAAUUAAUAAAAAGUAUAAUUCAGAAAUAUAAUCAAAUUAAGAAAUAAAUAGCAAUAUUGGUCAUAUUUAUAUUUAUAAUAUUGAAUCAGAAAAAUAGAAAAAUAAAAAGUCUAUUAAAUAGGUUUAAGAAAAAGUUAUGCUUAUUCCAUAAGAAUAAAAUAUUUGUAAUACAUAAAUAGAAAAAAAAAAAAAAAAGAAGCCUAAAAAAUCUAAAUUACCAGAGUCCGUAAUUGGAAAAUUUUAAAUGCAAAAAAUAUCAUCAUAAAUUAGAUAAAGCAGAUUACAUGAUACGAUGAUUAAUUAUGAGAAUUUUCGAGAUUAUUAAGAUAUGAAGUCAGAAGUUGUUACUUAAGAAUCAUUCAAAUAAGACAAUAAUAUUUCUAGUGAUAAUGAAGAUAUCAUUGUUAUCGAUUAGAAUUCAAUAAAUGAUAAAUUUUACUUAAGCUUAGAAUAAGCCCAUUUUGAGUUAACUAAUCAAAAUUAAUUAAAGUAAGUUCAUAAAAUAUUACGAGAUUAUUAUGACAAGGUAUUUAAUAAUGCAAUUAUUAGGUUCGCCUCGACACAUUUGAUAUAGAUAAAAUUUGGAGAUUAUUGAAAAGUUAACAUUCUUAAAAUAUUAUCAAUUAUAAAUAACUUUUGAAAUGUUUACUCGAUUUGCAUGAAUAAGAAAAAGUACAAUUAGAUGAAAAAAAAUAAAUUGUAUAUCUAAUAUGA